AUGGGCACGUUUAUGGGACACAUAGUGCCUGGCUUGGCCAUCGCUCUCCUCGGAAUUUGGCACACCAUUAACACCAUCAAAUCCUACUAUCUUAAAGGCUCAUUCAAAUUUACAUCAAGGUUUUGGUACCCAUUCAAGAGCCCUCUUCUUAUGUUCAAACAUUUAGAACUCAUACUUGUAUUAUCCUUCUCCAUCACUGCUAUUUUCCUGCAAGUCCUAGACUUCCCUUUCCUGCACUUCUCUUUUAAGCUGGACAAUUUUGAGCAUGCCACUGUGUUCCUGCAUGUAGCCAUAUUCGCGUGUUUUACCCUUUUCACCGAGUUAACUCUUUCAUCUGAAAUUUUAACCAGUGUCUCUGGAAUUCUGGCUUCCUCUGUUCUUGGUCAAGAGCUUUUCUUACUCCAUUAUCACUCGGCUGAUCAUGUUGGUCUGGAAGGCCAUUACCAUUGGCUUUUGCAGCUUAUAGUGUGUGUAUCUCUCAUGGCUGCCUUGUCAAUGACUUGUUUCCCUACCUGUUUCCCUGCAGCACUUGUUCUUUCUAUUUCAGUUGUAUUCCAAGGGUGUUGGUUUAUGAACAUGGGGUUCAUGUUAUGGGUUCCUGAGUUUGUUCCACAAGGAUGUGUCGGUCAAUUGGGCAAUGCCAGUGGCAGCAAUGUGCACAGCGCUGUCAUGUGUGAGACGCUUGAGGCGGGUUCAAGGGCAAGAGCACUGGCAAACUUGCAAUUUAGUUGGAUACUUUCUGGGAUAAUGGCUUUAAUGGGAUGUAUUUGUUUUGUGUUGCCCAGAAAAGUUCCACCUAGAGAACAAACUACUGAGUAUGAGCAACUUCACUGUAGAGUUGCAGAUGUCCCUAUAGCCAUCACUGGAUUUAAGCAAGCUCAUCCAUAA